UAUCUGACAGAGACAAGAGAAAAUGGCUCUUUCUGUAAAGGCUUACAUUCACCCAGACACCAAUCAACAAGAAAUUCGUCGGUUCGCCAUCGACGAAGGAGUUUCUGCUAGCUACGCCUAUUUGGCACAGAAGAUAGAGCAAGUAUUCCCAGUUGUGAGGGGCAAGAUUUUCAAACUUUUUUGGAAAGGUAAAGCGUAUUUAGUUUACUUUGAUUUUAAAUUUGCUCGGUGGAAAAACGUUACUAAUACAGGGUCGAACGCAGAUAAACAUUUUUUCGCGCUAAUUUGCAAUCUGCAAAGACGUUCAAUUGCGUGGAAAAUUGUAUUUCCCUUUCCAAACAGAUGCAGAUAAUGAGAUGAUAACCUUCUCAAGCGACGAAGAGCUGGUGGAGGCUUUGGGGAGCAUCAGCGGAGACGUAUUUCGUGUUUAUGUCAAGGUCGAUGAAAACUCUUCUCGAGAUUCUUCUUUGGGAGAGGGUGAGAAGAACUUUCAAUUGUAAUGAUUUUCAUUAAGCUUAUGUUUAAAUAAAUUUCUGUGAUGUAAAAAAGUCGCGACAUUUUAUGUGCUUUAGCUUGGAACUACCCAUUUUUUCGUCAUAAAGAUCUUUUCAAAAGUGUUUUCUCUGGUUUGCCCUGUCAUCAACAUUUCACCCAAAAGCAAAACGUGGCAAUGGUCACCAAUUCUUUUGAAAGAAUUCCACUCAUCAUGAGUCAGCAAAAAUUUGGACAGUGAUUAUCAAUAACUAGAAAAGGGAUGUGCUUGAAUUUGAAAAUAUUUGUCAAAAAUUUAAUGUUACGUAUUGUCUUGUAGUUUUUGACCGAUUUCUAUUACCAACAGUGUCCAGGGAAAGCUGCUCACGGCUCCUUAAUUCUUUUUUGCAGGGGAAGGCAUCAAUGCAGAACAGUCUGGCCCAGCUCAUCCUGGUGUGGUUUGCGACGGCUGUGAGAAGCACAUUUUUGGAAUUCGCUUCAAAUGUGUGGUGUGCCCAGACUUUGAUCUUUGCCAGACAUGUGAAACCAAAGGCAAACAUAAGGAACAUGAGAUGCUGCGCAUUUCCACUCCAAGGGACCAGGGUUAUAACUUUUUCCAUGGCAUGAAUCCAUUUGCAUUCCAUCCCCCACAUCACCCUCCUCAUGUACCUCCACACCACCCUCCUCAUGGUCCUCCACCACACCCACACCUCCAUCCAAAUGUUCAGGUGUAUGCUGACUUAGGGCAUGGAUUUGGUCCUUGGGGGCGUGGUGGUUAUGGACGGAGGGGAAGUCGUCGAUGUGGAAGAGGAAAACCACGUUGUCACAGUGGACAAAACAAGUGUGACCGCCAUGCUCAAACAGAUUCUGGUGAAGCACCCAAUGAAAGUACUGAUGUUCCUGUUGGCCCACCAUUUCUUCAUGCUGUCGGGGAGACUAUUGCUUCCUUUCUUGGACCUUUGGGUGUAGAAGUGCAUACAUAUGCCAGUAAUGAAACAGGUACAGUAUGCUGUAUUUAAGGCUAUUUGGGAAAAUAGUACUAUGUGCCAGGCAUAACUAAAAAAAAACAAAGCAAAAAAAAAUACACUUUAUUUGAGUUUCAAUGUCUUUAGCGCAAAAGGACUAAAUAAAUAUUGAGGAAGCUAUUUUUACAUCCCCUAAUGGAGACAGGAGGUCAUAAAGUCCUUACUUUUAUGACCGUAAGUAUUAGUCCCGCUCUGGCAAUUGAACCCACAACCUCCUGCUCUACUGUUGUAGCAAAUCCUGUUAUGGUAACACCUAGGUAUAUUUUUGGAAAAAAAAAAAUUUUCCUAGUUAAAGCGGUAUAGUUUAAAAUGCUGUAAAGAACUUUAGUUUCAUUAGACAUUUGUAUGACAUUUUGUCUGUUUUUCAGAGAAAAAAGAUAUCUUUUGUUUUAUCUUAGCCUGAGAAAACAGCCGACAUUUGCUGACACUACCACUGUUUUCCAUGCCAAAUGACAUCUGAGAAGCGAGCGCAGAAACUCCAUACCGUUGAGGCGUCAUUACCCAGAUCUGAUUGGUCGUGCUGCUUGGGAAAUUUGAUUCAACCAAUCAGAAGCACAACCCAGAUUUGGGUAGUGAUGCGUCAUCAGUAUGGAAUUUCUGUGCUCGUUUCUCAGAGGUCAUUUGUCGGGGAAACCAGUGGUAGCAUUGCCAAAUGUUUGCUGUUUUCUCAGCCUAGUUUUAUCUUUACCGUGCUGUCAUUAGAAAGUGAAUGCGUUGAAAUUUUUUUUAUUGUGGAACAUUUUUGUCAUUAUGAUAUUUUUGAUGCAGAUUGUUGCCAAGGUAGAUGUCAGGAUGGUUUUACUGAAAACUCAAACAAUGCAGAAGAUGGUCCAUCAGGGGAGUCCACAGGCACACCAGCCAAUGAAGACCAAGGUGACACAGUACCUGUGACUUCUGUAAAUGGAGAGACUGCAGAAAUGGUAAGGGUUUACAACUUUAACUUGUCUUCCUUUUGUCUUUUCUAGGAAGGUUGAUAAUAAUAAUUGGAAACGUACCUUUUGGUAGACAGUUUUUGAUUCGAUUUAAGAUUCAUUUUGAAGUAGUAAUAAGAUUCAGAUGUGUCUAGUUCAAGCAUGCAAUUUGUAAAUGUCCCAAACGACCUCUGUCAAACCCGAAGAUUCUCCGUCCAAAUUCUGCAAAAAUAGAGUCGUGAGUCACUUAGGGCUCUACUCCAUCUCUCUACAUUUAUCGCUUUUGUAUUAGAGUUUGCAAUGUCAUUGCAAAACUAGUGUAAACUACUGCAGCAGUUCUUUUUGUCACCAUGAUCCAAUUCCAACUGUACUAGUAAUGGCAGUGUUGCAAAAAUGAUCCAGUCGUAAGCCUCAGGAUUACAUAUCCCAGGAAAAACAAUUUUGCAGUAGGUUCUCAGCCCGGAGAAUGCUGUUACAAUAAAUUUUUUGGUUAUGUGAAAAUUCAUGGGAACCCAACUCUUGAGUGUUUUAAAUUUGUUUAAAGUUUUGUAUGAUAAGCAGAGCCAUAACUAAAGAAUUGCCCUACUAGUUAGAAUCUGAGUGGAAAAAUAGAUGUGAAUUUCUGUAAAUUGACCCCUAAGGCUGAAAAUUUCACUGGAAAACUAUUUUCCUGUUUUUUAAAUUUUAUUUUAAUACCAGGGUAAUGACAUGGUACAGGAAAAGAUCGUUGCCGUGAAAUCCUAGGGCUUGAAGUCCUCACAAAUCAUGUCUUGUGCUUUAUCAACAGGAUGUCCAGUCACCAGAAGAGUUUGUUUUGGUUGACGAGAACACAGAACAUCAAGGUGAAGGUGCUUCAGGAACUAGUGCAGAUGAACCUGAUCCCACUAACCCUCUGGAGGUAGCCAUAGCAAAGAUGCGUGCCAUGGGGUUUGAGGAUGACAGUGGCUGGAUGAGUCAGCUGAUCAAAGCCAAAGGAUAUGAUCUGAACAAAGUUCUUGAUGCCAUUCAGUUUGAUGGAAAGAACUGAUCCCAAGAUCUCAGAAUCAGUGCACUUUGCUUUGUAGCUUGCCUUGCUUUGCUUGUAGUUAUAUAAUGGGUUUUCAUUUACAUGCCAUAAAAUUUUGGUCAUAACCCAAACAAUCCCCAAUGUACGACCCUUUUUGUGGAUUCCAGAUAUUUUAUUUCUUAGUAUUAUACUACUACAUGAGAAAUUUCUGCAACUUGAUUGGCUUAGAGACAGGGUGCAAAGAAAAUCAUUUUUACAGCUUACCCUUUGGGCAAGCUGAAGCUAGCAUUUACUAGCCCAGACGUCAUUUCAACUAGCCCCAAAAAUGUUUUGUUCUUCUGUUAUUCAAAUUCCUCAUACAACAUCACUUGCCCGUCGGGCAAGUUAAAAACAGAAUUCACUAGCCCGAUAGCAAAAUCCACUAGCCCCGGGCUAUCGGACAGUACUUUCUUUGCACGCUGUUAGAGAACUGGUAUUUCAGCUUAAUUUGAAAUACCUACAUGUGAAAAUUACAAACCUUUUGCAGGUAGUAUUAUAAACAAAUAAUAGCAUGAUUUGUACUUGAUAUUUGACAUAAAUACCACUCGUGAUAUUUCAAAAUUGUCUCAAAAUUCACUUGCCUAAACAGCUCGUGAAAUUACGUAUAACAAUUUUGAAAUAUCACUCAUGGUAUUUUUGCCAAAUAUCACUACAAAACAUUCUAUUAUUAUUACCGAUACAAAUCCAAUCAGUGGUCUAUUAUCAAUGACACAUUCUGAUUGAUUGAGCCACUACUAGGCUAUAUGUUAUAGCCCACUCGUAGCGAAAAGUGCUGGCUUUUUGGCAGCAAAAAAGGAUUAAACUCUAGCUUUAACUAGCUGAAGUUGUUUUGUCUCGAUAUUUUUGACCAAAUAGUUGGAUUUUACUAAAACAAUUAUUCCUCUUGCCCUCAUGUUCUGAAUCAAUAGCCCAUUCUGCCUUCGGCCUCAUGGGCUAUUGACUCAGAGCCCGAGGAAGGAAUAAUUGUUAAAUAAUAUUGAUUUCAAGUCACAGUUCUUUUUGUUUUGCAUUGAUAAAUGUUGGAGUUAAGGUUGACUUUUUAAUGUUAAAUUACGUUUAUGUCCUCUGUUUGCUUUUUGAUGAACCCAUAUAAUAAAAUGAAGUGUGUUUUUGGUGCAGCAGAAUGUUUCCAUCAAGCCCAUGGAUUAUGACCAGACUUUUAUGGAAUUUUAUGUAAUUGUAGUAGUGUCAAUUCAUAGUUGUAUCGUCUUUGCAUGUGUGAGUUUCGUGGCAGGAAAAGUAGCAACAUUUAUUGAAAUGUCAGAUAUUGGCAAAUACUUGUUUUGGGGAUAGAAAGGGAAACUUAAGGACUCCACAGUACUGUUUAAUCAAAUUACUCACCCCUGGUUUUGUUUCAAAAUCACUUUCUUAUUUUGAAGGAAUAAUAUUAAUAGUUGUGUAAUUGUGGUUAGAAAAUUAACUAAAGCAAACUUUGUCCCAAAGUAACUUUGAUGUCUUAACCAAAAAUAUGCAUCCCUCUUGCUCUUACAGUAGUUCUUAAAACAAUCUUUUUUCCUUUCUGUCAUUUCAAGUAUAGGUGUAUUUCAGCUCAAGGCUUCUGUAGUGUUUUGGUUUUUAAGGGUUAAAGCUGUUGAAUUCCAACAGAGC